CGCGAGUACGAUGGUAAAUUUCUUAUGCCGUGUUUGUUGUAUCGAAGAGAGACGCUAAACCAAAGACACGAUUAGUACACCAAAUGUACUACAUUUUGCAUAUUCAUGACCUACCCCAUAUGUAUUCAUAACUUGACGUACAAAAUGUACUAAUGCUUUACAUGAGUCUCGAAUCUAUAGUGUCCGAUACAUAUUAAAUUGAUAACACUUAUUUUAAAGCGAAUGUUAAAUUACUCUCAUAUUUCAAGUAACGAAAUCAUUAUUUAGAUAACAAAGCGUGAAGGAAAGAGUUGUUUUAAAUUUGCAUUUUAAAAUCGAACACUUUUCGACCUAGGUUCUUGUUAACAUAAAUUAAUUAAAUUAGUAGGUACAUUGCUCGUGGCAGAGUCCUACGAUAGGAAUCGAAAAGUUGAUUAUUACUUAAAGUAGCUACACUUUUCGAAUACUUAUUUUAAUUUACCAAAGACUGUGUGUGACACGUUUGUGGGUCUUCCUUCGUUGCUCUCAUCGUGUCUGGUUAAGCCAUUUGCGUUCAAUAGAGUAUCGGGUUUCGUUUUGUGCGGUACUCGCCACCGCACACGAAAACCGGUUCAAGUUCCGCGUCGAUGUCGAACAGUGUGAAUUAUUUCCCGUCAUGAAUCGCGAGAGGCUACCGCUGCUUUUUAGAAAUGUUAAUUCGGAUCUGUCGCUUCUGUUCGCCACGUUAUGUGUCAUCGACAUAUUCGGCGUCUUUCCAAUAAUUGCGUUACCGCGCACGAUCGUUCAAUGCGGUUUGUAUGGGAUUCCUUUAGUUAUUAUCGUUUUGAUGCUACAAAUUUAUACAGCCGUGCUCCUCGGGAAGUCAUGGACAAUUGCAACUUCUCUGGAUCCGCAAAUUUCACGAAAAAAUCGACAUCCGCUUGCUGCUGUGACCGAAUUAACGUUAGGUCCUCGGGCAAGGACUUUGGUCACUAUACUUUUAGAUUUUACUGUUUUUGGUUGCAGUAUACCUAAUCUGCUGGUUGCAUCACAGAAUUUGCAAUUGUUUGGACUAAAAGUAUCUGGACAACGAUUCGAUCUAUCUUUCUGCUAUUGGCUUCUGCUCGUGGGUCUGCUUUUGUGUCCCAUAAUGUGGCUUGGUAGUCCACGUGACAUGAAAUUGUUGGUGACAAUUUCUUGCGUAAUGGUCAUACUAACGGCAGUUUUAAUAUGGUGGUGUAUAAUUGCCGACGAUCGAGAUCUCGAUGUAUCACCGGUACCCACUUCACCAUCUUGGGAUAAAUUCAUUUCUGGAUAUGGUAUGCUGGCAUUCCAGUUUGACGUUCAUCCUACGUUAAUGACUGUGCAAGUGGAUAUGCGUCGUCCCCAGCAUAUCGACAAAGCUGUUACAAUUUCUUUCUUAGUAAGUGGUUCGUUAUUUGCUAUUACUGCUGGUUUGGCUGUCUGGAGAUACGGUGGUAGUACAACAGCUAAUGUUCUACAAAUGGUCCCAGGAAAUUUCAUUAUGAGCGCAGCUAUUCUACUCGCUGCGCUUCAACUCUGCCUGUCGAGUGCUAUAGGCCACUCCGCUCUAUUUCAGGAUCUGGAGGAUCAAUGGAAUAUCCAGAGAUCUUUUGGAUGGAAAAGAUGCGCGAUACGAUCAGCCGUUGUUCUCCUUGGGGUGGCCGUAGGAGAAUCUGUGCCGAGAUUCGACAUCGUGAUGGCUUUGAUCGGAGGAUCUCUAACCGGUCCACUAGUCUUUGUGCUCCCACCAUUGAUGUAUUCGAAAGCUGUUGCUCUGAAAGCGAGAUCUAUGCGUACAUCGACUCCCGAAGUGUAUUCGUGCUCUGAGAAACGCCAGAGCCUCGGAGGAGGUAUGUCAACUGAUCCAAGGAUUCAUUCGAGAUCGGUUUACUAUGGCGUUUUAGGAGUGCCUAAAACCGAAUGUCAUCGAUACUCGUACGUUUACUAUGACGAUACCGAUGACGAGCUCGACGACGUUAUGGGCUACGAGAACGAUAUCCUGAACACUGAAGAAACCAACGAAGAGUAUGCAAUGACAAGAAGAAACUACGAUGGCGAACCAGUAUUCGUAGAUGCCAGUAGACCCUUUAGAACUUGCAGAAGAAUCCCAGUUUCCGAGGAACCAGUCCCCAAGUCAUUUAUAAAUUGCGCUUUUCAAAGAUGGAACAACUGGUUCGGUUACUUGAUUGUACUAUUCGGUAUUGCUGUCACUGUUUCUUCGACCUACAUUAACAUUAAAAAUACAAUUCGCUAUGUACAAUUCACACCACCGUGCAUCGUGAAUGCUACCGUCGUACAAAAUCCUACUUAAACGAGAGCGUCUUUUACAGAGUAUUAUGUGUUUUAUAGGAGAAAAAUAAUACAAUUGCACAUAUUUUUCUGCGUGAUUAUUAUAGGUGUGACCGAUACGAACACAAUCAGUCUUUUAUUACUGUAUACGUGAACGUUUUAUCAAUUAAAUCUGUGAGGACAAACCU